UAUGAUCGAAAAGAACGAAAUGGGUUAAUGAGAAGAGUGUUGGGAUGCAAGCGAAUAAGGUUGUGUUGAAGAGGAGAAGGCGGUUACGUUGUUAUGAGUGCAUUCAGUUCUACUUUAACUUUGGAUGCACUGGCUGAAUAAGUGCACAAUUUAGAAUUAUUUUAUUCAGCCAACUUAACAUGGCAGCUACAGCACAGACUUGUGUGACGAGUGACCUUCAUGGACGUCACUUGUCCAUCCCCCAGAGUCUGCAUUCAAGUGUUAGCCACCAUGAAGACUUUAAGGAGUUUUUCUGUGGCUGGGGUGCAGCAUUCAUCAACAUCUCUCUCACAUUUCCAAUCAACAAAGUGAUUUUCAGACAGAUGCUUGACGGAGUUCACAUGUAUGCUGCCGUACAGCAGCUGAAACUAGAUGGUCUGCAUUACUUGUACCGGGGAUGUCUUCCUCCUCUGAUUCAGAAAACAGUUUCGGUCUCCAUCAUGUUUGGAACGUACAACGAGUACAGUCGGUACAUCAGGCACAAUGUACCAUCGGUUUCUCCCUUCGUUUGUUUAAGUAUUUCGGCUGUACUAGCUGGUACAACAGAAGCUUUGCUAAUGCCGUUUGAAAGGAUACAAACUCUGCUUCAGGAUCGCCAGUAUCACAAUCGCUUUCAUAACACCUUCCACGCUUUGUGGGAAAUCAAGAAGUUUGGAGUGAAGGAGUACUUCCGAGGUUUGACCCCUAUCCUGAUAAGAAAUGGAUUUAGCAAUAUGUUAUUUUUUGAAUUUAGGGGAAAAAUUAAAGAAAAACUGCCACCAAGUCAGACGUGUUUCGGACGUAUCUUGAAGGAUUUUAUUAGUGGAGCCGUAGUUGGAGCAUUAAUCAGCACGCUCUUUUAUCCUGUUAACGUAAUCAAAGCUAAGAUGCAAGUUCAGUGCGGAACACGAUUCCUAAGUUUCAGUGAGGCUUUUGCUCUAACCUAUUAUGAAAGAGGCUGCAGUUUGAGAAAGUUAUUCUAUGGUGUGCAUGUAAAUUACACACGUGCUUUUGUCUCGUGGGGAAUUAUAAAUGCUUCCUACGAGUUUUUGAAAAAACUCUUGUAUUGAAAAUUUUUCUGGUAUUUUUUGAAACCUUGCAUGUAAUAUGAAUACAGAAAGUAUAUGUAGAUUUUCUUUUGUAUCAUAGUAUCAAAAUUAUUGUUUAUGGUAUAGUUAAUUGUGUGAUCUUAAUUACGAACAUAGCGUAUACAUAUGUCUGUGUACUGUAUAGUUGUAGUUACUAGAUUGUUGGUUGGCAUUUAGUUGAUUGUUGAUUCUAGAAUUUGGACUUCUCAGCUGAACUGUAAGAGUAUGAAACACAGUUAAGUAUUGAUGCUAUUGAUAAAGUCCUUGUUUCGCAAGCUUGUCUUCCUGAAUGAUCAAUAUUUCAAAAGUGUUUUCUAUGUGAAUUAAAAGAUCUUCGUGCUUGUGAAUUUGUACAUAACAAUUUUUUGUAACAGGCACCAAAUAUGUUCUGUACUUACACUUGUAUUUGUAACUAUACUCAAAUAAUUAAACUAUAAACUAUCAGUAAGUUAUUUCGACCCACAGUCGUUUUCACUUGAUUUUUGUAAUAUAUUAUUGUCACAGUAUGCCGUACCAAUGUUUUGUGUGUUUGCAUAACAGGCCAGAAGGUAGAGUAGAAACUAAAGCACAGUGUAAAUAUCUACAACUACAUGUUAAACCAGAAUGUAGACUACCCAUUAGGAACCUGUAGUCUUCCAGUUCAUAGUCACUUCUGUUGCACAAUGGUUAGAAAUAUACCACAGGUCAAAAAUAAAUAAUCCUGAUGUCAUGUUGCUGAAACUUUACUUGUAGAGUGUGAAAAUUUGGAGUGCAUUAGUAAUAUAUCUGAUGGCUGUUAACUGUAUACAUGUAGAGGCAGUUUUGACAUAUUUGGAAAACUUGUUACCUCGUGUUUAUGUGCAAUUGAAAUAUUCUGCUUACAAACCAGUAUGUGACCAAUAGAUAGAACUGGGUGUUAGAAAAACUUUCAGCAUGCUUCAAAUAUUGCUGGGUUUUCACUUUUCAAUAGUUGCUUAAAUGUUGUAUAAUACAGUAAUACUUUCAGAAGAUAAUGAGACUUGUUAAUUUUUAUUAUUGCAUUUCAUUUCACAUUGAAUGAGGUUAUGCAUAGCACGUCUGGUUAAAUUGUGAUUGGAUCAGUAUUUAUGUAAUCCUGGAAGUUUAAUCACUACAAAGAUGGAAAAUUAACAGAUUGAAAAUGUCAAACAGGUUCCUAUCGCAAUUAUGAUGAAAGCGACACUUGGCCAUUUAGAAGCCAUCAGCAUGAUAGUGCCUUUCAUAUACAUAAAUAUACUAAUUAAUGAUGUGUUUCAAGCUAAAGUUAUCCUGAAUAAUUAUGUGAAAAAGAACAUCAGUAUAUUGAGAAACAGAUUUGAUACUUGUAGUUGUUGUAUAUUGUAGAUGUCAGAUUCUACAUUUAAAAUAGGUUUAUUGUGAUUAUAAAAAAUAUGUGCUGUGUAAAUACACAAAUGUACAAGAGAUUACUAAUUUAUCAAGUACUGGAUGGAGAAAAGAACUUUUCUGAAUAGGUAUGUUUGAAUUCACACAAUAUCGGUUAUGUUUUUUCUGUUAACUGCUCCUGCAAUCAUAGGGCUUGGGUUUCUGUAGAUAUGUUUAUAAGCAUAUUUAAAUAUAUGUAUUCAUAUACUUGCACAUUUCUAAAGAUGUUUUCCAGUCUAUAAAUUUAGUUUACCUCAUUAUGAAGUAGUAGAAAAAUGUGUAGAGACAAACAUGUGCUGUAACUUAUGUACAUACAUAUGUUAAGCUAUAUUAUGUAAAAUGUUUUGUUAACUGUACUUGAUUAUUAAAUACAUAUUGUGAAAUGGUUUGACUUGAUGCUGUUUCUUCACUGA